CUUUUGAAUUUGGCAGUUGAGGCUUGUUCGAAAUUCUAUUCUACUAGCCUGUAGUUUCGGUUUUCAGAUUGUCUUAAACUUGUGCUCGUCUUAUUCCUAUCUGUUGUCGGUUGCUUUCAUUAAUAAAUUUAAGUUUAUUCCUGGUAGUCACCAAUUUUUGAUUUCCUUGCAAUAUCCAUCAGAAUCCAACUUACUUCCAAGCUUAAAGUGACCCACUUCACAUUUGCAUCUCAUAAAAAGGCUAAUUCCUGCUUAAACUCCUACCAUCUUAUCGAACCUCGUAGCACACAAUUCAGAUGGCAGAAUUGCAUUGCUUUGGUCAAAUUUUGUGUGCUUAUGGGUUCCCUCAGAAAGAUUUAUUCUGCAAAUGGGGUCUUAAAGCUGGUUGUGCAUGGAGGUUACUUGAAGGUUUAGCUGAAGGAGAGACACAAGUUGACUGCCCAUUGGUUGGCGAAAAAGCAUAUUUUUGCCAUCCAAUUGAUCUUCAUUUCGCUACGAAAGGUUUACAAGGUUGGCCCAAGCUUCAUUUUCAGGUCUGGCAUCAUGAUUGGGUCGGUAAAAACGAGCUUUUUGGGUACGGUUUCUGUCACAUUCCAACAUCUCCUGGAAAUCAUCAGGUAACGGUUCCUACAUGGAGGCCGGUAGGUUCUAUUUUGGACACCUUAGUAUCAAGGCUGGUUGGAGGUGGUCCACGUCUUCGCAGACCAGAUAUUGUCUACGACCCAACUGAUAGAUUUUUGCUCCAAACCGAAAGUAUGGGUUACAUAACACUCGAUUUGAAUGUCGUAACGAGAAAUUUUGAUAAGUUUGGUGUGGAAAUGUAGAUCAUUUUUUAUGCUUUUGAAAGUUUUCAAAACAAAACGUUAACUACUUCAUAUUGACUUUGACCGUAUUUCUUUUGAUAUUUCAUCAAAUGUUUGUGUAAAUAACCCUCUGAAACAAUAAAUAAAACACUAGUAACAAGUGGCUUACUGACUUUUGGGUCCUAGAAAAGUAAGGCACUGGAUAAGAACUGCGGUGGCCAAACCUAAGGACUAAAUUAAACAUAUGACCACUAUGUUUCAAUAAAAAAGUAAUGAUACUGACAUAAAAAGUAGCCAUGGGCGUAAUAAUCUGAGUAGCACUAAGUGUGAAAUGAGGUUGGUUACAAGAGUGAAGAGUUAAGAAUCAACUCUGUUUAGUUUAAAAAAGCAAUAGUAUUACGCCAGACAGAUUGUUGAACAACAUCGUUUGAAUAAAAUGUAUUUCUCACUAUCCCUGUAAUUCUAGGAUAGUGAAAAGUCUCAUAAAGUCAAUAUUGGUCUCAAAAUCGCAAAGCAC